UAAAGACAGCAGCAAGUUCUGUGGACAGUUUGCUGUUGUUGGUCGCUUGGUCACUUGGUCGCUACAGGGUCUAGAGCGGAAAAAUGGCUCUCAUAAUGGCAUUUUGCACUUUAAUCUUCAAUGUUUUAUGCUUGCCUCUUCAUCUGAUCAAAGCACUCGGCAUGUAUGAAAUAUACAAACGUGUCUUCCCUAUUUGUUUGUACCGAUGUUCAAUAAUAUACAACAACAAAAUGCACGACAAGAAGAAGGAGCUGUUUCGCAGUCUACCCGAGUUCAACAGGCAUGGCAAGCAGCUCACUAUUUUGGAGAUCGGCUGUGGAACUGGCACCAAUUUUCAGUUUUAUCCACCCGGAUGCAAGGUGAUCUGCACUGACCCCAACCCUCAUUUCAAGAAAUACCUGAAGAGCAGCAUGGAAGGGAAUGACCACAUCACGUUUGACAGAUUUGUGGUGGCGUCGGGGGAGGACAUGGGGGCUAUUGAGAGCGAGUCGGUAGACGUUGUUGUGUGCACCCUAGUGCUCUGCAGUGUCAACAACAUCCCGAAAACCCUGCAGGAGACACGGCGCAUGCUGAGACCGGGUGGAGGCUUCUUUUUCAUGGAGCAUGUUGUUGGAGAGCCCUCCAGCUGGACCUACUUCUUCCAGCAUGUUCUGCAGCCCCCUUGGUACUACUUUGGGGAUGGAUGUGAGAUCGUCCGGGACACGUGGAAACCUCUGGAGGCAGCUGGAUUCUCCGACCUCAAGCUGAAACAUGUGGAAGCACCACUCCUGUUCCUUAUCAAGCCUCACAUCAUCGGUUACGCUGUGAAAUAAAUGCUGUCAUUAGUUCUGCAUUACACAUAAAUAUAUAGUCAAGCGCUUAAUACCCCCCCCCUCUCUCUUUUAUGAUAUGAUAGAUCAUCAGUGAUGGAGAUAAUGCCAAUCACUUUAAUACUAAUUUUAUUUUUGUAUUUAAAAAAAACCUUCAGUGUUUGUGUUUUGUAAAGACACAUUAAAUUAACACAUUGAAUAAAAACAUUGCAUAGAUAGCAUUCAAUACAAAAUGAAUAUUUUAAAUGUUUAAUCUUCUAUAUGUCACUUCCCAUUUCCAAGAUGCUAUGCUGUUACAUCGAUAAGAUGCCACCAUAAGACAAUGUGUGUUCUGAAUCUGUUUGUGUGCUACUGCUGGAUUCAGCGUGUUCACACCAAGUACUUUGCCGUAUUUAGUGCCGGCACUCAGUGCCCCAGCACUUAUUACCCCAGGGCAUUUAGUACAGAUCGCGUUCACACCGGAAUAAAUUCCCUGAGGGAAGAUAAUGCAAAUGAGCCGCUGACGUCACUUCGUCUUCUUCUGCUUUGGGUUUACUGGCAGGCCGCAAACAACUUCACGGCGUAUACUGCCACCUGGAGUCCCCGGAGUUGGGGACUGGCUUCAGUAGAAGCUGCUGGGAGUCCCAGCAGCUUCUACUGAAGCCUUCAGAGUAAAUCGCCAGAACGCCGACACCUCCUCAUCUCCACCUCUCCCAUGUUUUAUUUUGUGUUGCCAUAAGUUAGUCUCUCUGCGUUUGUGCGCUGGGCGAAUGCUAAUGCUAAUGCGAGGAUAAUAAAAUGGCGGCUCUACAAAACAUUUCAGAGUUGUACGGGGCGUGGUUUGCAAUUCGCCCAGCCAAUCAGAACUGGGGCACUUUUUUCCCCCAGGAAAGUACCAUCUCUCAGCAGGCACUAAAAAUGGGGGUAAAAGUUCCCGAGAUUAAGUGCUCUUUUUGGUGUGAACGCGACAUAAGGGGUACUAACGGAACUAAACGUGAAAAGUACGGUGAAAAGUACUCCGGUGUGAACGCGGCUAUUGGUGCCAUUUAUGACAUGACAGGUGUGUCACUAAAAACAUGUAUUUUUGCUGUUAAGCUGAUUGUGUUGUCUUAUUAAAGACUUUCUGCUGCAUGA